CUUAGAGGGAAUUACUGUCUCACAUUGGGUUUGUUCAGAGGUGAUGAUCAUGCUUUUAGUUCUAACUAUAAUUCAUUUGUUUUGUCUUACAGGUGGAACGAGCCAAGUGUAUGUGAAGACUGGAGAGAAUUUAACUCUAGAUCUUACAAAUGCUGAUGUUCCUAAAGAUUUUGAGAUGCUUAAAUUGCUCAAUAGUUCAUCAUCAGUCCUAGGAAUAUUCUCACCAGGUAGAGAACCAAAUAUGACUAGUAGAGCUGUGUUUUCUAGUGCAAAAUCAGUGACAUUAAAGAAUCUACAGAAAUCAGACAGUGGAGAGUAUUCUAUAAAAGUGACUGGAAAUAAAGACUAUAGACUACCGACAUACUACAGCGUUACAGUUCAAGAAAGCUUCUCUCACCUGCUCUCUCCAUCAGAUCCAGUGUCUCCAGUUAGUCUGAAAGUUUCUUCUUCCUCCUCCUCCUCCUCCUCCAAUAAAUGUACUGUGAUCUGCAGCACAGAGGACUUUUACAUCAGCAGCACAUUCAUGUGUGAAAACCAAUCCUGCCACCAAGAGGGAGGAGAGAGGUCAAAGGUCACCAAUACUGGGGCUUCCCUCAUUAUCCAUCUAAAUAAUUCAUCUAUUAUCUGCAACCAUAGCAACAAGGUCAGCUUCACCCAAAAUAAGACAUCCAUCCAGUCCUGCUUCCAAUCUGAAGAAAAGGGUGAGGAGUUAAUAGCAGUUGGUUAA